AUGGAUCCCUACAUAUAUUCACUACGAUUCCCAUCAAAUAAAGAUGAUCAACGACGAUUAUCUAUUGUUAAAAAUGGAUAUAUGACAUCAGUUGGAUCAAAUAUUAAACGAACUGAACAUAUAGAACAUGUGAAGAUUACAAAAUCAGAUGAAUUAAUUGAAUUGAAAACUCGUUUUCAUCGAGUUCUUAUUGGUUCCAUACAGUCAAUAGUUCAACCUUAUAUUCAUCAUUUAAUUGUUGAACGUCGUUUAAUUGAUAAACAAGAAAUAUCUUCUCUUGCUCAUCUUCGUUGUUUUCAAGUUUUGUUUUGUAUGGAUGGUAGUAGUGAUAACAAGUUACGUUUUUGGUCUGAAUUAAUCGAUUUUUUGGCAAAAUAUGCGUAUGGACAAUCUAAUGGAAUACUAAGUCCAGUUAUUUUAUAUACAAAAUUAUACCAAAAACUGAAUAAAGAAUAA